GUAUUUAUAAUUUUAUAAGCUGGCAGCUCGGGUACGUUCCCAAUCUGGCAUUUUAUUCGAGUUGUUUGGUGAUUUAUUUAGUUUAUUAGGUCGUUUCCACGUUUUUAGAUAUGAAGAAACACGAUUUAUAGUGAUGUUAAUGAAGCGUUGAGUAAAAGCGCGUGAGAAUUCCUAAAAAUGAUGGAACCGCCGUCAAUGGACACAGUGUACCAGGCUAUCGCAGCUUUGUUCGAUAACCCCAACGCAAGUGAAAAAGAAAAGGCUUCGUUAUGGCUGGCAGACGUGCAGAAAUCUAUCCAUUCGUGGAAGAUCGCGGACCAGCUGUUACAGCAGAAGAAAGACAUACAUUCGUGUUAUUUCGCGGCGCAGACGAUGCGGGCUAAGGUCCAACACAACCUGUCGGAGCUGCCGUCGGAGGCGCUGGUGUCCUUGCGCGACUCGCUAGUGGCUCACCUGGAGCAGACGUCGCCGGAGACCAGUUCGUCGAUACUGACGCAGUUGUGCCUCGCGCUCGCCGAUCUAGCCUUACAAAUGCAGACGUGGCAAAACUGUGUUAGUGAUCUUAUAAAGUCAUUUUCUAAUAAAAAUGACUUUGCAUUAUUAGAAAUACUUACAGUGCUUCCACAAGAGAUUGACUCGUCAAGUUUAAAACUUGGUGAGAACCGUAGAGAGGAUAUUAAAGCAGAGUUACGUUCAAAUGCUCACAUAGUUACUAUAUUCCUUAAAGAGAGCAUCACUAGCUCUCAGAACAGUCAUGUUGCAUUAAAAGUGAUAAAAUGUAUGACGUCUUGGCUGCAAGUGAAGUCCAUCAACAUUCAAGAGGUGCCGCAGAACGCAGUGAUUGGAUUCUGCUUGCAAGUUCUAAGGGAUCACAACUGUAUCAACACAUUACAUGAUGCAGCAUCCGACUGUAUAUGUGCACUACUACAUUGUCUAGAAGAGAAUAAUAACAAUGAUAAUAUAGAAAGACUGUUAUUUGAUAGUAUAUCCGCUUUAGAGGAGAGUUACCACAUGGCCGUAGCUCAUGAGGAGGAUGAGAAGGCCACAAAUUAUGCAAGAGUAUUCACUGAAUUGGCUGAAACAUUUUUAGAAAUUAUAGCUUGCACAGCAGGUGGAAACACACACUUUGCCAUGAGAUCACUGGAGUUGGCACUGGUCUGUGUUGGACAUCAUGAUUAUGAGGUUGCAGAAAUAACUUUCAACCUGUGGUAUAGGUUGUCUGAGGAAGUGUAUCAGAGAGAUUACCAGCCUUUAACAGAUGCAUUUACGCCCCACAUAGAGAGGUUGAUAGAGGCUUUGGCAAGGCAUUGUCAGUGCGAGCCAGACCACACACACUUACCUGACGAGACAGAUGAGUUCUAUGUAUUUCGCAUGAAAGUGAUGGGCCUGAUCAAGGAUGUGGUGUUCAUUGUGGGCUCGAGCUCCGUGUUCCGACAAAUGUUCGCCGCACUACAGGCAGACAUUUCCUGGGAACAGACAGAAGCAGCACUCUUCAUCAUGCAGUCAGUUGCAAAGAACAUUUUACCGGAAGAAUAUGAGUAUGUGCCUAAAGUGGUAGAAGCGAUAUUGUCUAUGCCUGCCGGUGCCCACGUCGGCGUCCGCGAGACCUGCAUACUGCUCCUGGGCGAGCUUUGCGACUGGGUGGAGCGGCAUUCGGAGUGCCUCGAGCCGUGUCUGCAGUUCCUCAUCAGGGCCCUCCAUGACAAGCGGCUCGCUAAUGCCGCUGCUACCGCUCUGCUGAAUAUCUGUAAGUCAUGUCGCGCGCAGGCGUCGUGCCACGUAUCCACGUUGCUGCAGGCCGGGCAGCUCUGCGACGAGCUGGACCUGCCGCUGCAGACUUCUGCUGCCAUCAUGAGGGCACUGGCUUCUGCUAUAGGCCAGCUUCCGCCUGAUCAGAUGAGUGCAGCGAUGUGUUCUGCAGUGGGCGCGCAGCUGGCCGGCCUGCGCGCUGCGCUCGACGCACUCGGGGCGGCCUCGGGCGGCGCGCGGGCCGCCGGCUCGGGGGGCGGCGCCACGCGCGGCUCCCGGCUCGACCCCGCCACGUGGCUCGACCGCACCGCCGCGCUGUUCCGCGACGUGGACGCGCCCACGCCCAGCGACCCCGACCAACACCCGGCGCUGCAAGCGUUCCACGACGCCUGGCCGCUCUUCGAAGAAGUCAUGGAGAAGCUGGGCGGCGACGGGCGCGUGACGGAGCGCGUGUGCCGCGCGCUGCGGUUCAGCGUGCGCUGCGUGCGGUCGGGCGCGGCGGGGCUGGCGCCGCGGCUGGCGGCAACGCUGCAGCGGCUGUACUGCACGCACCGGCCCAGCGCCGUGCUGUACGUGGCGGGCGUGCUGCUGGACGAGCUGGCGCCGCGGCCGCAUGCCGUGCCGCACCUGGUGGCGCUGCUGCAGGCGCUCAUGCCGCAAGCCUUCCAGCUGCUGCAGCAGGAACACGGACUCAGGGACAACCCAGACACGGUCGACGACCUCUUCAGACUAUGCAUCAGGUACUUACAACGAGUCCCGCUAGAGUUCCUGUCUAGUGGCGCGAUGCCUGCUGUGAUCCAAUGCGCUAUCCUAGCGACUAGUCUUGACCACAGAGAGGCCAACUCCUCUGUCAUGAGAUUUCUUUAUGACUUCGUGAGGGCCGCCAACUGCUCCAGGCCAGAGAAACAGCAGAUUAAAGCGGUAGCCGACGAGCUGCUAAAUACGUACGGCCAGGGAUUGAUGUACGCGCUGAUGGAGGCGUCCGUGAUCCACCUGCACGCGUACAUGCUGAGCGAGGUGGGCGAGGUGGUGGUGGAGCUGGUGCGGUGGCAGGCGGGCCGCGCCGACCUGCUGCUCGCAGCCGUGCAGCGGCUGCAGGCGCUACCGGCGCACGGCGCCCGCGCCACCGACCAGCAGCGCUGGCAGUUCCACCAGUACGCACUCAGGGCAGAAAAAUGCAAGGAAAUGACGAGACUACUCCGAGACUUCGCCAAAUUAUACCGAUAAGACACGCGUGGUAUUUUAUUAAAAAUGCAAUAGCAUAAUAAUUCCUCUUAGACGUCAAGACUGAAGGACGUAAGAUUUCUAAUCGAACUAAAAUCAAAACGAAUAAAUGCUAAAUAUUUAUGUAUGAACAUAAACUUAUGUGAACAAUUUGAAAAAGGAUUAUCUGCAGAAAAUCCUUGUUAAACUGAAAGCAGUGGGAAGUGUGUGUUACUCUUACAUCUCACUUCAUUAUGUUAAAUGCAAUACAAUAUACUAAGUUUCUAUCUAUAUCCGUAGUUUUUUCGAUCGGAAGUAAAUCGUAUAUUUGUCAUUAUUGGAACCAUGUUAAACUGAAAAUUGUUAAAAUACCAUUCUUCCGUCGUUACUAUUUUAUUUACCGAGUGAUGCACAACAACGCCACGCUAUUACCUAUCACUGUAAGUGCGAUAGGGCCCUUUAUUUAUUAAUGUAUGUACUAACCUUAUAAUGUAUCAUGUCAUACACUUUGUUUUACCUCGGAGAGAAAAGACGUUGAAUUUAACCACAAUAAAAAUAAAAUGAAAUUAGCCAAAGCAAAGAUGAAACUCGCGAUAAUUAUUCAUAUUUUAAUAAUUGUUAAGGUAAAGGUGACAAAGUUGAUAGUUAUUUUUUUUAAUGAUUUUCGAGACGCGACAGUCCCUCGCCAGAGUGUAAGCAACUACGUAUAUAAACAUAAGCAAAUUUAUGCGAAGCUUUGAACGACGCAAUACUGGCACUGUACUGCUAUCGUGACCCUGACACAUCACAUGAUUGGUGACAAAUUGGCUCUUGACGAAAACUCAAUGCUUGCAUGCUUGCGGCAGAUAUUGACAAAACAAACAACCAUGGACCUUUGUUCUUUCCUGAACGAUUGGCAAGUCACCAGGAAAAGCUAUGCCUCCGAAAACAGGCUCUGUUGAUUAAAUUAUAAUGAAAUGUACUUUUAUUUAUAAAUGUCAAAUUUAUAAUUGGGAUUUUUAAAUAAGAUUACUUGAAUAUUUAAUUCUAGUCUUCAAUAUUCACUUAUAUUAUUAUAAUACCCUGGUUCUAUGUUGACACCAAAAUUGCUCGAAAAUCGAGGAAGUAAUUGGAUAUUUUAUAUUUCGGUAUAAACAAGAGCGAACAGGGAUUUCGAACUUCUCGGUAUCUCCCACACGUACGUGACGUCAUAGCGUAAACGUACAUCCUGUUUAUCGAUAUUUGAAUUAACCUUUUCCACUAGAUUUGAAAGACCUCCAAGUUAGAUUAUUUUUGCGCGGAUAUUUAUAUUACUGUAUUUUAGAUUUUGUAUAACGUAAUUUAUUGAUAAAGAUAUUGCCAUCCGAUCAAUUAAGCUGUCAGUUUUAUUUUUGAUUCUCUUCAAUGCUGGGGUAAAUAAUUAAUUUGGUCCUAUAUUACUAGUACUUAUAAAAUGUAGGUUUAUAUUUUACUCAAAUUGGCAGAUCGAACCUCAUGCACUUGAAUUUGUGAUUAUAAUGUGACUUCCACUUAACAUAUUUCGAUUGAAUGCUACAUGAGCUUUUCUUUUAAACAAGGAUUGAUGAAGUAAUUUUACUAUAUUUCAAUUGUCAAAAGGGCUGCGGUCCGUAACUUCGUGCAGUUGGGAAUGAUAGGACACCCGCAGUCCCUGCCGAUAGCCUUAAAUGUGCAAAAUGUUGAUGAAGUCUCAUAUCAAAGCAAUAAUAUUUUAUAUGUAUUCCAGUAUGGAAGUAGAUGUAAUUUAUCGAUUUUUAUUUGGUAACGAUGAUUUCAUACUGCCAUGUUGAGGAUCAUUGUAAAAUUGGCGCCAUUUUUAUUUACACAGACAAGACUCGGUAAUAUCUUAUUAGUCUAUGGUAUGUAUUCCAGUUCGAUGUAUAAUAGAUAGCCUAUAACGUUUGGAGACUAAUUUUACUAUUUUCCUCAAUGGCGUAUGAUAUGGCAGUAGGUAAGUAUGAGAACAGUUCUGAUCAGAAUAUAUUUUGUUAUAUUGAGCUCAUUUUUAUUUCAGAUGUGAUAAUACGCAUUGAAUUGUAAAUAUUUAUUACAAAUGUUUACUUACAUAA